AUGUCAUUUAGGAAAAGAGGUGAAGUGCUAGCCGGUGGGAGGUUGCCAAAUAGAGCGCCUCUUGUUCCUGGCAGAACACCUGGAGGUACACCUAGUACACCAGGAGAUGCUGGUGUGAAUAGGUUAAGUGGGCGUAUGGAACAGUUGAAUUUGAGAGGAGGAGUGAGAGCCAAUAUUAGUGGUAGGCCUCUGGCUGACGGCAGAACUGCAGCUUCAGGACCUAAUAAAGAACCCAUUUCUGCCUUCGGUGUGAAUCAUCCUGGUAUUAGACCAUCUCCAGCAAGUUCCCAACCCGCUACAUCUACCGGAUGCUUUGACUUGGAUAAGGUUCUAGGGCACAUGGGGUUACCACUAGGUACUUCUUUACUGAUAGAAGAGCGCAAUUUUACCGAAUUUAACAGCGUCUUGGUGAAACUGAUGUGUUCGCAGGGUAUUAUACACAACAGAGUGGAGGACAAUAAGGAAAAGAAUGGUAAUACACACCUGAUCAUACUGAGUGCAAGUCAAAGUCUAGGUAAGGAACUGCCUGGAGUAUACAAGGGUUCGAAGAAAGACAUAAAGAAGUCCAAGAUUUCAGAAGAACAAAAGAAGUUAUCAGUUCAAAACUUAAAUGAGGAGAAAAGUACUCCAUCAAGAUAUAAGGACUUGAAAAUAGCCUGGAAGUACAAGUUUGUGGACGAGCAGAGGGGUGUUAAAAAUGCUGAAGCCGGAGAUAGUUUGUCUUCUGAAUAUCCUAACUAUAACCACCAAUUUGACAUCACCUCUAGAUUACUACCUGCACCAACCUCCAAUGAACUGACUUUUAUAAACCCUACUGAACCAGUAGCAUCUAUUAUUAAUAAACUGGAUAGGACAAUCCAGCAACAUUCAAAUAAGCUGAUAAGAAUUGUGAUACCAUCACUAUUACACCCUGCGACGUAUCCUCCUAGGAUGUUUUUAUCCUCAGAAGUAUUACUCUUAAUGCAUGGGCUAAGAGGUAUAUUAAAGAAGUACAGCAGUAGGUGUGUUUUAAUGGGUACAAUCUCUACAGAUAUUAUUGAUUCAUUCCUACUAGCACAACUUGAGAAUUUUUUCGACUCUGUCCUGAAUUUGGAACCAUUUGGUCAAGAUAUGAUGCAAUUCUUAGAAAGGAUAUACAAAACACAGCCAGGAAAAAUCCAACAGGGCUUGCUGCAUAUCAUGAAACUACCUGUAUUUAGUGAGCGCGGUGAAAUGCAUGUUAUGAAAUCGGAACUAGCGUUCAAGAACGGUAGAAAGAAAUUCGAGAUAGAAGAAUGGGGUAUACCUGUUGAUGAUGUCGAAGAUGACAAGCCUGAAAAACAGAAUAACCCAAAUGAAACUGAUAUGUCAAAUACUAUAGCUGCUCCAAAGAAGAGCACUAAAGUAUCAUUAGAAUAUUAA